ACUUGAACUGUGUGCAGCGGACACGUUGCAGCCUGAUUCUCCACUCACUUAGGAGGCAGUUGACAUGGAGGGCGAUUUAGGCAGGUUGGAGGGAGGUCGUGGACCUGAUGUGGAGGGCGAUGAUGGGGAGGGUGAUUCAGGUCGUCCUGCACCUGCGCACAGUGUUGGUUCAUGUCAAUCGUCACAGGGGCCGAUCGGGGGUGAUGCAGCUGGACCUGUAGAGGGUGAUUAUCCGGUCCGCAUGGGUAGUAUGUCGUUGAUGUUAGUGUUGCGGGAUCCUUCACCGGUAGCAAACGAGGUUCCAUCACCUUCUGUGGAGGGAGGACGGGGUGUGGUUGAGAAGGGGGAGGGUGGUACAACACAUGACCAUCAUGACCCCAGGGGAGAUCUGGAGGAGGGGCAGAUUACACCGGUUCUGCUCAACCCUGACGCGUUGCAACGUGUGCUAGUGGAGGAUCCGACAAGAAGGGGAUCUGCAAAAUCUCACGGGGUUGGAGCUCGCUCGCCUCCACUUUAUACACCUUUGAACCCUCUGUAUUAUGGCUCUCCUGCGAGCUUGGAGCGUGAGCAGCAACAAUCAGAGUCUGUGAGAGCGGCGACUUCGGGUUUACGCGGGGCCGCGCCUGCGAUCUACACUUCCAGAGAGGACGGUGUGGUGUCUCCUCAGGGAGAGCGACAUCACAGUAGCAUUAACGAGUUAGAGUCUCUUAUUGCUAUGGAGGAGGCACAAUUGAGGGAGUUGCAUGACGAGCUCGAUAAGGAGUGCGUGAGGAUGGCGGCGACACGUACUUCAGAGGCCGACACAAGGGAGGAGUCCAUCAAGCUUGUUAGGUCGGAUACGACUGCCGGAAAGUACGACCGGGGCUCUUGGCGGAUUCUAUCUAUGCGUGGCAUCUCCAUCGCUGUCAGGAUCCCGAUGCAGAUGAAGGCUAUGAUGGGAUCUCUCGAUCCCUCUCCGAAAGGCGGAUGUGGACGCUCCCGUCGUCCUGGUUGCAGCUGGAAUGGAGAAGUGCCUCCUCGCCCUCCUGUUUUGUCCCAAUGUUGGAAACAGUGUGCGCCGUUGGCCAUCGGCCUGCUCAUGGUCUUGAUUGCCGUAUCGGCGGCGGAAUCGAGGAUAUUGAACCCUACGGAGUAUGUGGUGACGGUCGCCAUCAACACUUUGCGCCGCCAGGCGGGCGUGAGCCCUUUGAAUCGCGAGAUUGAGCUGAAUUGUGCGGCAGAUAGGCGGAUCGACACCGUGAGCGCAGCCAACGCAACCUGCCAGCGGAACGACACAGCGGCCCUGGCUGCAGCGGACGAUUGUAAAUUGUUGGGAGACUACAAGGGGGCUGCGGAGCUACUGGAUUGCGGAGGGCAGGAUAAUCCCCUCCAAAUGUUCGUCGGUAAUCAGACCACGCGGACCGUGCUGUUGGAUCCGACUUAUAAGGACGUCGGUAUAGCCAUGCGUAGCACAGAUAGAGGGACAAUCAUGCUGCGUAUGGGGGAUAAUGGAGCCGCUGCUGCUGCCGAGAGACCGACCGUAUUGUGCACGGGUAUCAUGCAAACACGUUUUUACUCUUUGAACGGACAGCCAGCCAACACGAGGAGGGAAGGAAAGAUGAACAAGGGAGAUGGCGUCAUGAAGAGGAGACAUGAAGCAGAAGUAAGCAGCAGCAUGUCCUAUGUCGAAUCUGUCGAUGGAGUCUGGACUCUUUUAUUGUGUUAAGAGAGGGAAAUAACUCGAAUCUUUUCUUUCUUUCCCCUGAAGCUUGUUGGCAUGAUUGAAAGCUUGCGGUUUGUAUCAGUGUAGCUCCCCCCCCUCCGUCUCUUUGGAGAGAAGAGAGCCCAGUGCCAAGGCCGAAUGACAACGAGAAACAGGAACGGGCGUGCCCCUUCUCAACAAGGUGGGGGACUCUUGGGAAUGAGACCGGGCCACGGGCCUAGCUUGAACCCGGGCUGCCCGAAAGUUGAAAUUGUAACAGAGUUUCGUAGAGUCUGCAAACAAACCGUCUUUUCCAUGAUGGCCUAAUUACACCAACUAUCUGCAUAACGACUGCAUAACGAGCAUUCGUUUAUUUCCCUUUCUUCUGCGCUUUUUUUUUUUGCCUAAAUAGUAAAUGACACCCAAAAUU